GGCUCCGCGAAACCUUUCGUCGUCCGUUCCCCCGUUCUCUCCCUCUCGUGGCCUUUCUUUCCCGGCGGUGACGACUGGCGAGCGCCGCCGCCGCCCUACGCCAGGCCUUCGUCGGGCCCUUCGCCGGCGACGAGCACCCACCAGAUUCGACCCGGAAUGUGAAUGCAUAGUGUAAUUGCCCCCCGAAAAGAUGGCAUCAGACGAGUUCAUCAGCCUUGAGGCACCUUGCGAGGGUGAAGCGAAAGGUGAAGAAGGGGGAGACCUUCAGGUUGAAGCUCCUGAUGUGAAUGGGGCGGCGCCUCAGGCUUCUGAACUCCAACCAGAAGGGGAAGCUGGUACUGUGGGUACUAAUCUCAAGCCGUCUGAUGGGAACAUAGAUCUUGAAGAGGGGCAAGUGGAAGAUAUGGACCUCGAGGACGAUGAUGUGGUUGUAAAGGAUGAGCUAUUAGAUGCUUCCGUUCAGCCUGAAGUCAGUGUUGCAGCUGUACAGACUGUAAUUGGUUUUGAGGUCAAGCUGGACAAGGGUAUUGGGGCCGAAAGUGCACCAAUUUAUGGGUCAAACAGCAUCUCUGUUGAAGAAAGUCCAGCUAGAGGAGUUAAAAGAGCUCGUGUGGAAUCAAAGGAGCCUUCAGUUCAGGUCAUCUACAGUGGCUUGACAAGGGAAAGCAAAAGAAAGCUUAUGGAACUGAUGCAACAGUGGUCUCAGUGGCAGGCCAGAAGGCAGCACAAAGUGAAGGAAGCUGUGGAAGAGAUCUUAGAAAGUGGUGAAGAGACUUAUUAUCCAGCAUUACAUGUUGGUUCCGAGAAAUCUUGUGCUGUGUCAUUUUGGGUGGAUAACCAAGCAAGGGAGAGUGCUACCAUGGAUGAUGAUUCUGUUCCACUGUAUGAUCGGGAAUUUACCUUGGGCUCAACUCCUCUGGGUGAUUCAUCAAACACUGAAAGCAGGGCAGAUAAGGAUGAUUCGCGCUGCUUCAAUUGUGGUUCUUAUAGCCAUGCUCUGAAGGAUUGCCCAAAGCCUCGGGACAAUGUUGCAAUUAGCAAUGCGCGGAAGCAGCAUAAUUUGAAAAGAAACCAAUCUAAUGCUAACCGUGUACAAAAUCGAUAUUACCAGAAAACGCCCGGCAAAUUUGAUGAUCUUAAAGCUGGAGUACUGGGACCUGAAACUAGAGAGUGCUUGGGAAUCGGGGAAAACGAUCCCCCUCCUUGGCUGCAUAGAAUGCGUGAAUUAGGUUACCCUCCAGGCUACCUAGAUGUGGUUGAUGAUGAAGACAAACCUUCUGGUAUCACCAUAUUUGGAGACAGCGAGGUGAAACUAGAGUAUGAGGAGGGAGAGCUUCCAGAGCAAGGAGAAGCAUCCCCACCUCGGAAAAGGAUGACAGUGGAAUUCCCUGGAAUAAAUGCCCCCAUCCCAGAGAAUGGUGACCCCUGGCUGUGGGGCAGCACCCCGCCCCAGUCCUCUGCCCGCCACCACUCAUCGGAUUCGAGGGAUUACCGCGAUAGAGGACCUCCUGGUGCCGAUCAUUAUUCAUCGAGAUACCAUUCCCACGACUAUGGGCAGUUGAGCCCGAGCUUGGGGAGGUCACACUCAGACAGGGGUUGGAGAAGCCCACCUCGUUACGACAAUCUGCCGGCAGAGGACGGUGCAUGGACCCCACAUUCGUACCCUAGUAGGCAGUACUCGGGCCACUACAGCUCGAGCUCGGAGAUGUCGUCGCGGCAUUACAGGGACAGAGACAGAGAUAGAGACAGGCAUGACAGCAGGCACUACCACCACCGCAGAUGAGUCAAGUAUGCAGCUGAUUUGUGCGAUAUCCUUUUGCCGAAGAAUCCUAUACCCGAGGACUUGGAUCUGAUAUAGCAGCAGUUCUGUUACAGUUUCUGAAGUUUCAAAUUUUCUUUAAUUCCAUAUAUUUGCAGCACUGCUCCCAAAUGCAUAGUUGGCAGUUGCCUUCUCUCAUCUGGCCUGUGACUGAGGUCUGUUCCCGUGUUGUAUGACUGCCUUUCUCUUAUCUGUAACUCUGCUCAUUUUUGACAGUUAAGGCAUAUAUUGUAGAAUGCAAAUCUUAGGGCCUGUUUGGAUGAAAGGUUCUAGAAGUAAAACACCGGUAAACUAGACUCCCUGAACAUUUCCUGCCCGUGAGGUCAAAAGUCUUGAUGAAUGGUCAUCACACAAAUUAUAGCUGGUUUA